AUGGCUAAGAUAAUGAUUGGCGAGGAUGCAGGGAAGCUGCUUCUUAAAAUUCCUCUGUCAAACAAUACAAUAAGCAGGAGGAUUGAUGACAUAUCUGAGGACAUUAACAACCAGCUUAUAAAUAGUUUGAGAGGUAAAGAGUUCGGAAUUCAAUUAGACGAGGCUACUGACAGUCACAAAGACGCUAAUUUAAUUUGCUACGUUAGGUAUGUGAAUGAAAACCAGUUGAUAGAAGAUUUGUUGUUUUGUAAGGAAAUUGAAGGAGGCACCUCUGGUAAAGAGUUGUUUGAUAUUGUUAACAAUUUUAUGGCGGAGAAUGAUAUUAACUGGGAAGAUUGUGUUGGGGUGCGUACUGAUGGAGGCCGGUCAAUGUCAGGCCACUACCAAGGACUGCAAUCUCGCAUUCGGGAAAAAAAACCCCAAACGCUGUUUGGACACACUGUAUUAUACACCGAGAAGCACUGGCAGCAGCAAAGUUCAGUUCAGAGUUAA